UCUAGAAGAGGGUUGCAGUGACCUGCAGCGAUGCACAGCGAAGUUGUCUGCACGUGGCAUCCAACUCUGCACCGAGUGUAGUGAGGUGAAUUAUGUCGCAAAGGAAGUGGACAGGAUAAUUGGUCAGGUGCGAAGUUCUCUACUGGACUGACUUCGUGUGAAGUGCGCUGACUUCUAGCAGACUGAAGUCAUAUGACGUUCAAGGUACACAAAACAGAAGAAACGGGGUCAGAAUCCUGGUACUGGCAGAGUUCAUCCACACAAAUCUAAGUACUGCGGUGCCCAUCAGAAUGACUAUGGAUAUUAACACGCAGCAGUGCGUACGUGUUGAACCCAGCACGGCCAUAAACAGCAGUAGCAGUUCUACCACAACGACGAGAAGUUCCGCGUCUCCGGACAAUAACCGCUCGCCAGCACCACCUUUCACACCCUCAUACUCUCCCAACCUGCCCACCACAACGACCACAAUCCCCCCUCGAAUUACCAAGAGAAGUUUUGACGUUGCAUUUCUCAUGGCUCCAGAUGAUAAUUUGACCAAAAAGCAGUUACAGCAGGAGAAGCAACUCAGACUAGUGACUACAAGCAGUCUGAUGAACCGUACGUCACCGAUAGUAACGCACAAGACAUCGCCGCGUUCAUCGGUAUCCCCACAUGACAUUGUAUUCAACAGCCACAAUCCAUUGCUAGGUGGCAUCACAGAAUCUACAAUACCAAGAACGUAUUCGGAGCAUGCGCUGUUAGGAGACAUAACUGAUUCCCCAGUGAGAAACAGCAGUCAAAUAUCUGGUGGAAUUGAAGUUAUCCCAAGACAACACAAUCAGAGACUUAUGAUAAGUACACACCAAAGUAAGGUUGGUUUGUUCGAGCAUUCAGGUCUCUUAGUUCCAAAGACGAUUUAUAAUCAUGAGGAUCUCGUUGACAGAGUUAAUAAAAGUCAUUUUAGCGGGAGCAAAAAUCAAGACUUGAACCUUAUCAACAUGAGCAGUACAAGAUCCAGUUUCCACCAUGACGAUAUUCUAGAAACGCCCAGUAAAAGCCAUAGAAAUCAAGAUAUAAAUUCUGCAAGUAACACGUCGACAGGGUUAAUGAUCAGGAGUGCGUUUACUAAAGUUACAUCUUCAAAAUUUGAUCCUAGUAACCUUUUAAAUAUGCCAUUACCAACGUCUCCUUCUUCAGUGUCCCCCAUAUCCGAAGGCCUUUCACCAGAUCAUGUCACGUAUCAAGGGAGUAUGAGUCCUCCAACACUAGGGCCUGAUCCAACAUCCCCUCUCCCUCCACACUUCAUACAUCCAACCCCCAAACAAUUUCAAAGUACUAUGCCAUUAUUAAAUCCCAAUCAGCACCUCUCACCUAACUCUCUCACCGGUUCAUCUCCCUCAGGAGGAAAGACACUAACAUCGUACUCAUCAGCAGCAUUUCUACUCCAAGAGAAUAACAGCACGAAACAUAUCAAAACCAGUAACGGACUGUGUAGCAGUGGAGUUGCUGUGGGUUCCAGCAAUGGAAAUUUCCGAAACGACAUCGAUAGUUAUCUUAUGAAGGCAUCGAUAACAGCUACCAACCAUCAUCAUCUCUACAGUACCAAUGAUAAGGAACUAUUGUCUGGGUUCCCCAACACCGGAUCCAAGUUACGACCCACCGGCAUGCUCUAUCACCACCCAGAGUCCGUGGCAGCUUACUCAACUCUGGCCGCAGCUGCAUAUCCAUUCGCUGCAAAUUUCUCUUCGACAGCAGCCGAACUUCUAGUCACACGCGCACCUCCACCAAGCCUUCUGACAGCAGCGACAAACCCCGCAGCAGCAUCACUGCUACCGCCAUCAUUCGCUGCUCUAUCACUACCUGCGCAGAACGUAUGCGCAAAGUGCAAUAUUAGCUUCCGUAUGACAUCAGACUUAGUGUAUCACAUGAGGUCGCACCAUAAAGGCGAUCAUAUCAACAACGACAUGAUGAGAAGACGACGGGAACAGGAUAAAUUAAAGUGUCCAGUAUGCAGCGAGAGUUUUAGAGAGAGGCAUCAUCUCACGAGGCACAUGACGGCGCACCAGGACAAGGAGGGAGACAUGAUAGAUGAGACUGAGGAUGUUCAGAGGAGCGACGCCGGAGUGGAACCUGCAGGAAGGCGAAGAAUGACAUCUGCGUUGAUAGUAGCAGGUCACAAUGCGACAGCUAAAUGACAGCGACCACUGAUAAGACGUCAUCAGCAACAAACGAGAAAAUUGUUCGGAACGUCUAUGAAUCAGCAGGAUUAUAUACUGGGGAAUUACCGUCAACAAAAUCAGUGACAAAUGAAAAUAAUUGGAACAGACAUUUGCGUUAAAAACCUGAUACCAAAUGACAUAAACGGAUGUUUCAUAAGUCUACAAGAAAAAUCAGACAGUAGAUUGUUCUACUUUAAAGUCAACUCAUAAACACACUCUACUGCCGACAAAAAACACUUUGAAGAUAGCGCCAUUGCCCUGGACGAUUUGUGUCCAUAUCCUUCAUGGAAUGGCAAUCUGACAGAAAAUGGAAGGUCAGGGGGUUAGUUUACAUUUCAAGUGACGAAAUGUUACGCUAAUAAAAUAUCUUAAGGAAACUUCCCAAAUAAGUUAAAGUGAUAACAUCUUAAACCAAGCUUAUGCAUAACUUUAAUUGCUUUAAAAUUGUUACCAUAGAAUUUCAACCUCAUAGAAGUUAAAAUUGGUAUUGUAGAACUGCAAUGUCAAAAAUCAUGAAUUCAUCAAAUCUACUUUCACACUUUAAAACUCGACAUUUCUUUAUGAUAUUCGUAAUACUUUUAUCGAACAAAAUCAUCAGUGAAAUUAAACUGACUACCAGGCAAAAGAUGUCAAAAAUACCUUUUUGUGGAAGCCUAAAGUUCAUUACCGUGCUCAAAGGUACUCAUUACUUAUAAAUGCUGAGCCAAAUUAAUACAGUUUACAACUUCAUGUUGUAAUUGAUUUUUUUUAAUAUUAUAAUCCAAUCUAUGGUCCUUCCUUCAGGUUUGUACAUUGUCUCUUCCAAAACUUUAAGUCGUGUAAAAAAGAAUAGCCUAGCCCACCAUAUCAACAGCGUUUUGGAAUUAUUUACGUACUUGAAAAUGUUUCUUAAUUAAGUAAAAAAACAAUUGUUAGGAAAAGUAAACCUUUAUCAGCCCCCCAGGACUUCCAUGUUCCUUUUCAUAUAAUUCAUCAGGUCAGUGCAAUUCCAAACUGAAAAAUUAAAAGGGCCAAAUCGUUCAGAGGUCAGAAUCUGAGAAAAAUCACUUCCAGGUCAAAGUCGGAUUUUAGAUAAUCGCAGAUCUGAGACAAUACAAAUGUUGCAAGAACUACAAGCCACACCUAUCAGGUAAAUGAUUAACAAACUAAAUAUACUCUUUGAUUGUUUAACAACGCUGUUUCAACUGGAGAGUAUAAUAUCGCGUAAAAUUUGUUAAACAAUUUGCAGUUUUAAAGUACGUAUGGAUUCGGUCGUGACUAAAUAUAUAAAAUACGAUCGUAUGAUUUCCCAUUUUGUCACAUAUACUUCAGUCCAAACUUCAGCAAUAUUCAUAGAAAUAAAUUAGUAGGACAGACUGUACAAAAUACAAUGCCAGAAAUAUAAUCACGUUCAUUAUAGAAAUAAUUAAUUCUUGUAAAGGACUAAUUAAUCUAUCACGUUUACCCCACCUUCCUUUGAUGAACGUAUUGGGUUAAUUACUGUAAUCAAUCGAGUAAAUUAAUUUCCAGUGAGACGAAGUCUUAUUGCGAAAUUACCGUUUGAAUUUAAUACUGAGGGAUACUAAGUAAAAUCCAAAUGAUUUUAUCCAGGCUGGGUCGACGGUUUAAAGAAUUAUAAGAGGCCAACAAACACCUUCAUCUAAUUUCUUACUGGAAACAACGCUAGAGGAAACUAGAGUGGUAUUUUACAAGCUCAAAAUUAAAGUUAUAAAAUUCACUCAGACAACACACAGAACGAAGAUUUCAGGCCAACAUGGCGGUUCUCUGCUAAUACGUAUUAUAUUUAUGGCUUCUAAUAUUCUUCAUGUUGGCUCUACUGCCGACGAAUAAGACUCUGAUACUGUGUAAAUGUUGGCUGUAGUGCCAACAUUUCGGAUACGCCAUCUUCACCUUGAAGAUGUUUUAUCAUCUAUAACCCCACAAACAAUAUCGUGAACUUUGUGUUGUUAUAAGUAAUUUAUAAAUAAAAUGACGAAGUGGUAAUUAGAACAUUGCAAACCACAUCCUUCCGUCGCUUUUCACCCUUCAUCGCCACCCUAGCUUCAAUCAACCCUUUAUAUCCAAUCUCCCUACAGCUAUUCUCACAUACAAACCCUUAUUUAAUCUGUGUGUUCGAAAACUGUUAAAUUAAAUGGACCGAAAAGGUGCGAUAACACCCGAAUAAUCCCGAUUGUUCCCAGAUGUAUAGUUAACUGUGUUAUAGGUCGAUUAUCAGACGUACAGUCGAAAGCAGAAAAUUGUAUGCAGAAAGUGUGAAAAUUAAGAAAAUGUAUUUAAAUGUAUGAAUUAAUUAUGUUGUAAUACCAAUGUAAAAUGUGUAGAAAAUUGUCUGUAUGUACAUAAGUGUCAUAAUUAUCUGUUAAUUAUUCUAUUCCUUAGGGAGUAUCCUUGAUUUCGCUUUCCUUGAAUUUUCUUCGAUGUUUUACGAUAAAGUUGUGCCUGUGUUAUGCUGGAAAAGAUAAGCCAACCUGCAUUGUAAGAUGUAUUAUAGAACCUGAUAUCAUUAAAUUAUUCAUACAAAGUGAUUUUUGCAAAACUGAAUAUUUAAAUUUAGAGUUCAUUGACACUGUUAAAAUAGUUAUACCGUACGAAUUAAAUUAUAAAUCCCGUAAAAAUAAAGUUUAUGUAAAUUAACGUUGUUAUUUUAAUAAAGUGUGCGCUAAAAUAAACCGCACCAUGGAAAUAUAACUCAUUGUUAACAAACACUUAA